AAUUGAGAUUAGUCUAUGGUAAUUUAAUUUGGCUAUAUUAAGAACAAGUGUGAAUAGGAAGUCGCCACGAAAGUAUGCAACCAAUGUGCAUGUGUAUGUUCGCUCCUGUCCUUUUACCCUACUGUGGAGGACGAGUUAUGCCCACCUCUUUCCUUUGUUCUCCCCAAAAAUAUCCCCACUGCCCCCCACACAAACGUUUGUUACUCACCCUGUCUCACUCUCACACACCAUCAACAGGUGCCUGCCAGGGUGGCUUCAGAGUCCAUACACAUUCCUUUCUACCUCCCAUAAUUCUCUGGCUUACCAACCAAUCACAGGCCUGCAUUCCACAAAUCAGAACACCCUCCAUGACAAAAAGAAAAAAUGAUGGCAUGACCAUGCGAGAGGAUGUCAUAGUGAAACUGGAUCAGCCAUAGGACCUGUAAACGGUAUUAUCAGAAUUGCAUUGUGCCAGUUGGAUGCGAAUAUGCGAGUUAAUGUGUUAGUGAGUGUUUGCAAGAGCUUGUUGAGGUGAGUUUGGAAGCUGGAGCUACGUGAAGAGGGCAAAGUGUGAAAAUAGAAAAGAAAGAAGAUUGUGCUCAAAAUGAAGACUCUGCUUUGGAUUGUGUGGAGCUGCUGGCUUCUUAUUCUUACAGGGGCAUCUGAAGCUGAACGGAGACUUCUGGAGUAUUUGUUUCGUGAUUACAACCUGAAGGUGCGUCCGGCAGAAACUUGGAACCAGAGAGUAAUGGUCCGUGUGGGAAUGACUUUGGUUCAGCUCAUCAGCUUGAAUGAGAAGAAUGAGGAGAUGACAACCAAUGUGUUCAUGAAUAUGGAAUGGACUGAUUACAGAUUAUCAUGGGAUCCAAAAGAGUAUGACAAUAUUGAUGUUGUACGAAUUCCACCCAUAAAAGUGUGGCGUCCAGACAUCUACCUUAUUAACAACAAUGAUGGGCAGUUUGAUGUUGCCCUGUAUGUAAACGUGCUUGUGAACAGUAGUGGAACUGUCUCUUGGUAUCCGCCAGCCAUCUACCGCAGCACAUGUUCAAUACAGGUGGCAUAUUUCCCAUUUGACUGGCAAAAUUGCACAAUGGUUUUUCGCUCUUACACAUAUGAUUCCUCAGAGGUGGACCUUCAGUAUGGGCUAGAUGAAGAUGGCAAAGAGCUUCAUGAGAUUGUGAUUGAUGAGAAUGCGUUCACCGAGAAUGGUGAGUGGCAGAUUUGUCAUAAGCCCACCAGAAAGAACGUUGAUGAUGAUUUGUAUGAGGACAUCACUUUCUAUCUGAUUAUCGAGAGAAAACCUCUGUUCUACAUUAUUAACAUCAUUGUGCCCUGCAUCCUCACCAGCGUGCUGGCCAUAUUUGUCUUCUAUCUGCCUCCUGGUGCAGGUGAGAAGAUGACUCUGUCCAUCUCGGUCCUCAUCGCUCUCACUGUUUUCAUGCUGCUGUUGGCGGACAAGGUUCCAGAAACUUCUCUCGGCAUUCCCAUUAUCGUUAACUACGUCAUGUUCACCAUGAUCCUGGUGACGUUCUCAGUCAUUCUUAGCGUGGUGGUCCUUAACCUCCACCACAGGACACCGAAUACGCACCACAUGCCCAUAUGGGUGCGAAAGGUUUUCAUCAACUUCCUCCCUCAGUAUCUGGGUAUGCUGAGGCCCCAGACUAAAGAACCAGUGGAGGAAGAACCCAAAGAAACCUUACCUUCAAGAUGUUUGGACCAAGGUCUCAGACCUGGGGGUGAAUACUUUAUCCGAAAGAUCAACCCAGCGCUGGUAAUGCCAUGGAGAGGAAGUCAUAAUGAGAGCACUGUGAAGUUACAAAGAUUUUCAAACAGUGACAACUACUGUCUCAUUCUGCCACCCAAUCUCAAAUCUGCCAUCUCUGCCGUCACUUACAUGGCUGAACAACUGAAAAAACAAGAUGUGGAUGAUACUAUGACAGAUGACUGGCAGUACAUUGCUGUGGUGUUGGACCGUCUCUUCCUCUGGCUCUUUGUUAUCAUCACAACACUGGGCACACUGGCAAUGUUUCUGGAUGCAAGUUUCAACUACACUCCUGACCAACCUUUUCCCUGAGCAAAACUCAAACUAAAACCAUGCAGCCAGCCACUGUACAAUCAACUCGCAGGAAACAGUGGGACUGUAGUUGCUUUGGAUUGACACAAGAGGGCAUUAGAGAAAUAUAUAUUUACCUUUCUUUCUUUCUUUCUUUCUUUCUUUCCUGCCAUCCGCUCAACUUGUAAUAUGCUUUAAAGACAUUUAUCUGUUUACUCAUCUCUUAAUAAUCAGUUUAUUGUUUUUUCAUAAUUCAACUUGUAGACUUUUACAUGUUGUUGAUUUAUCUUUUUUUUGUUUGUAAAUUUUUUUUAUUGUUUUCUGUAGAAAAUUAAGCUUCACAGUUAAGCUUCCUAAAUUUUGACUUUGUCCAACAAAAAUUUGCCAUGAACGUCCUAAUGACAGUGAGAUCAUCUUAGCUUGAGCAGUAUAUGAAUACAUCCCCUGAUGUUUUGUUGUUAGGAGAAAUUCACAAAUCAUACUGCAAAUAUUUUUGUUCAAACCUCAAGUAUCUACACUUUCAGAAAUAACGAUACAAAAGCUGUCGUUGGGGCGGUACCCUUUCAAAAAG